AUGGCUCCUCUCACUCCCCACUGGCAGCAACCCUCCCACCCAGACAUCCAAGAAGUUGUCGUCGUAAACGCCCAAGAAUUCACCACCAAGAGUAUCUCUCGGGUCUCUCUUCCACCCUUUGCAGUAUAUGCAAAGUUCGAUUUCCCGCCUUGCACACCUGCCAGCGAACCUACCUACGCUACUGUCCAGACCGGCCGCGAUACCCACCUCAGCCUGAACAGUGAUCUGCUGUACAUCAACCAUUCUUGUGAACCUACUCUUCUCUUCGAUGUGGGAAACUUGAACAUUCUUGUCGGCCCCAAGGGUCUCAACGUCGGCGACGAGCUGACAUUCUUCUACCCUUCCACCGAAUGGCACAUGGCCCAGCCUUUUGACUGUCUCUGCGGGACACGUUCUUGCCGUGGUCGCAUUUCGGGCGCUCGAGACAUGACCCAAGCCCAGCUUGAUGGUAUGUGGCUUAAUGGCCAUAUUAUACAGCUCCGUGCCGAGCAGAUUGCUCGCUCCGAAGACCCCACAACCAAUGCCCUUCGCGAUGCUGUUGUUCAUGCUGAAAAGGUUCUUGAAUCAGCUCGUCUUGCCCUCCGCUCGUACACCAGCAAUACGCACGCCCAGAAUGGAACCGCCAACUUUCCUUCCAAAUACACUAACGGAACUCUCGGGAAGGCGGCAGCAUUGGAACAUCGCGGCCCAACUUCUCGUGAGUUGAGCGGAGAGAUGGGUGGUGAUACUGUCUGCGCUUGA